GGCUCCGGGGCUGCGGCGGCGGCGGCGGCGGCGGAGCGGGUCCCUCCAUGGGAAGAUGCAGCGGGCGGGGCCGGAGGAGGCGGCGAGGGCGCAGGCGGCGGCGGGGGGACCCGGGCGGAGCGGGGCCGAGGUGGCGGCGGCCCCCGCCGGGCGGCUCCUGAGGCGGGAGCUGCGGCUGCUCGAGUCCAUCUUUCACCGCGGCCACGAGAGGUUCCGCAUCGGCAGCGCCUGUCCGGACGAGAUCAGCUGCGAGUUCGUCCCGGGGGCCGGGGCCCGCGCCGGCGCCUCCGCCUCCCGGGGGCCGCCGCCGGGACCCGUCCGUAUUCACUGCAACAUCACGGAGUCUUAUCCAGCUGUUCCCCCAAUAUGGUCUGUGGAGUCAGACGAUCCCAACCUGGCAGCUAUCCUGGAGAGGCUGGUGGAAGUCAGGAAAGGAAAUACGUUGCUUUUGCAGCACCUGAAGCGAAUAAUCUCUGACCUGUGCAAACUCUACAAUCUCCCCCAACAUCCAGAUGUUGAAAUGCUGGACCAGCCUCUGCCAGCAGAACAGAGCACCCAGGAAGAGGUGUCCUCUGAAGAGGAAGAUGAAGAGAUGCCAGAGGACACUGAGGACUUGGACCACUAUGAGAUGAAAGAGGAAGAGCCGGCAGAUGGGAGAAAGACAGAGGAUGAAGGCAUUGGAAAAGAAAACCUGGCCAUUUUAGAGAAAAUAAAAAAGAACCAGAGGCAAGAUUACUUAAAUGGUGCAGUGUCUGGGUCUGUUCAGGCCACUGACCGGCUAAUGAAGGAGCUCAGGGAUAUUUACCGAUCACCAAGUUUCAAGGGCGGAUACUAUGCAGUUGAACUAGUGAAUGACAGCCUGUACGAUUGGAACGUCAAACUCCUGAAGGUUGAUGAGGACAGCGCUUUGCACAAUGAUCUCCAAAUCCUCAAAGAGAAAGAAGGAACAGAUUUCAUCCUCCUCAACUUCUCUUUUAAAGAUAACUUUCCUUUUGAUCCACCAUUUGUAAGGGUUGUAUCCCCGGUGCUGUCAGGGGGGUAUGUUUUGGGUGGCGGUGCCAUCUGCAUGGAGCUGCUUACGAAACAGGGCUGGAGUAGUGCUUACUCCAUCGAGUCAGUGAUCAUGCAGAUCAGUGCAACGCUGGUGAAAGGGAAAGCGCGAGUACAAUUUGGAGCCAACAAGAACCAGUACAGCCUGACAAGAGCACAGCAGUCCUACAAGUCCCUGGUUCAGAUCCAUGAGAAGAAUGGCUGGUAUACACCACCCAAGGAGGAUGGCUAGUGUGGAUGCUGCAGGACCAAUCUGAAUAUCUUCUGGAUGCUCUGCUUGGAUCUUAGUGAUGCCUCUUGGCUUUCUCCCAGGAUGUAAUAGCUCUGCCUGUUGCAGGACAAUACUGGCUGUUCAAAACUCUAAAUAACUGUUUAAGGAGUUGGACUGACCCAGAACACUUGCUGGGCUCAUGCUAGCAGGCAUUCUUGUUAAAACAAACUCUUGAGCCUCUUGUAUUGCUGGAAACUUUUGAUUUUACUCCAGUCUAGAGCAUCCUCCUUACCUAUGCUAUGGAUUUAAUUUAUUUUCUUAUUUCAUGUACACUGCUUUUUUUUGUUACGGUGUAUGAUGGAUGUGUAUGGAAAAAUGUAUCUUUGGAGAAAAAUUACAGUUUGUUAAUUUGA